AAUUUCCUAUUUCUCAUUCCCUUUGAUUUGUUUUGUUGUCUUCCUAAUUCUUGGUUUUUGAUUUUCUUUUUUUUUUUUGGCUGCUAGUCGGGUGGAGACGUGUUGGUUCGCAUACAGAGAAUGAUAUGUAUUACCCGGAGUGCUUUUUGUUACGGGGGGAGGAUCGGUUUGCGCUGUGCUUUUUCUUUGGUUUUGGUUUUGGCUUUGGUUUUUUUUGGGAUAACAUAUCUGUACCAUAUACUUUUCUUCCUUUUGUCUUUUUCUUUCCUUGCCUUAGUUUUGAAUUCCCGGCAUAGAAACGGCCUCUAAAUCUAUACAAUAAUUACUUGGUUCGGGGUGCUUGCCGGAGAGCCGCGAGCGGUGUUUA